AUGAACAUUUUAUUCGAAAAACUUAACCCGUUAGUUACAAAGUGUGGUCUUGAUAAUAUGGAUGAGAUUGAGAUCCUAAAGGGACCAUGCAAAAAAAUCGGAGUUCGUCCAGCUCACGUUGUGUUUAUUUGUGCAGUUGUUUCUGUGGCCAGCAUCGUACUAGGAAUUGCAGCACGUUUUCUAGCCACUUUCGUAUCCAUGAUAUAUCCUGCUUAUAGAAGCAUUAAAGCAAUAGAAUCAGACAACAAAGAAGAUGACAGACAAUGGCUAUCGUAUUGGAUAUUGUUCUCCCUCCUCACCUUGGCAGAUUCGAGCAUAGGAUUUGUUUUGGAAUUCAUACCAUUCUACCACGUGAUUAGAUUGGCGUUGUUUGUCUUUCUCUUCCAUCCAUCAUUCAAUGGAGCAGAGAAGGUGUACAAAACUGUUGUUCAACCUGUUUAUUUGAAAUACCAUAAGCAUAUUGAUUAAAAGAUAGAUUAAGUGACUAACAAGGUGAAAAGCCAGAGUAUCUAUUGAUAGAUUUACAUUAAUAGUAUAAUUAUGUUCAAAUAAUAAAUA